AUUACUUCUGUCUGUCACAAGCAAAUGCGGCUUGAAACACGACGACCAGAGCCACACGGCAUCAGGACCGGACCAAACAUGUACACCCAGGUCGGAUGUAUUUCAAAUAACGGUGACCAAACUUUCACUAGAACAUUCCUGGACACCUCUGCCCAACCCGGCGUUGCACCGGUGGUCUCCCGAUGGCGAGUUCGCGAACCAGCAACCUGGUGGGGACUAUGUUUGUGACGGGGACAGGUUGAUCGCCAGCCUCGUGCUGUGUGUUGACAGCGAUCACCUACAGUCCCGGGACAGGAUUUCUCUUGUCGCCAAGCUUGCCGAGUUUCUGACCAUUCCAAUGAUGUCCAUCCUUAUGGAGCCGUCUUCCACGCAUUCUCUCGUGGUCAUAGAGAGGGGAUUUCAGAUGGUCUCCGCCGGGC